UUUUCGCAGGUCAUGAGGUUGACCGUAUGUAUGGCGGCCGCGGUGGCGUUGACAACGCUCUCGGUUAUCGAGCAAUCAAACGGCGCCUGCGACGUUAAACCCAAGCCCGGAGUAAAACCUAAAAAGUAUCCGGACAUGCUAAAAGUGUAUCCGAACGGCUACAAGUUGACGGCGGAGAUUAAUAUUGAAGGCGAGAAAUCAACUCUGUUUUUCCACGAGUACUAUUCGUUUGACUUCAAGCGGGGACUCCUAGAGCUAACGUACCAAGGAAUAUCCACGAAUAUCUUGUACCUUCACCACACGGAAGAGAUAUUUCUUUUUGACAACACGUCCUGCGUAACCCUUCCGAUUACGUCCCCACCGAAACUCAUCAGCCCUCUCUUACUGCGGUGGUCGUCACUUUUCACCGGAAACAACACCGUCUUCGGACCCUCUGUUCUAUUCUUAAGUCCUGUGUUAAACCCUACAAUCAAAAUGACGUUUCAAGGAAGCGACGAGGAAGUUCGCGGCAUACAGACCCUCAAGUGGGCGACCUGUUUGAAAAGCAGUGAUGACCCGUACGAAGUCUAUUUUGUCGAUAAAAAGUGGAAUUACGGCUAUGGAACAGCCAAGACGAUUCCCCUCAGAGUUCGUAGGGGCAAGGUAGUAACCGAUAUAAUGCGGAUGCAGCCCUAUGUCACCGACCCCGAACAGAAGCUCAAGAUUCCAAUGUUCGUUGGGUGCCAACGCCUCGCCAGGGGAUUACCGAGGCCACCAAACUUCGACAACAUCCCCAUGGAGUUUCAUUCCGAGCUGGCUUUUUCGAACCCGACGGUGAACGGCCAGUACUCCUACACGUCUCACCUGGAUAUAAUCCGCGACCCCGUCAACAAUAUCUUCAGUCACAUCUUUGCCCCUUGGAACACGGGGAGUGGGAAACUGGACCAGCAACUUUCCGCCCUGCCAGAGACACAAACCAUCUUCGACGUGACCAACGGCAUUCAGUACCUCAAGGUGCCAAACCAUUCGGGGUACGAGCCGUUUGGGCGUGGUAAAUGCUAUGUCUCGUCCAGAAAGGACUUCCGACCCGUGGUUCAGUUGCCGGAUAACACUACGCUCAGUCUGCUCGACACAAUCGCUCCAAGUUACGAAACUCUAAACAAAGCAAACUACCUGGGCAUUCACGUUGUUCGCAAUGCACCUGUCCACGUCUACGAAAUUGUCACGAGCAACGUACCAGUGUCAGGGGCUGUUUUCUCUCACGCUGUCAUCACCUACUGCUACCUUGUUGAAUGGGUUUAUCCCUCCUUCACUACUCAGAGGAAUCUUCCCAUCAGAGUGUCCAUGAGGGCAUACUCUACUAACAAAAGCUUGAGAACUCCGUACUUCUGGUUCACCGCCAAUAUCCACGACAUAUCGACGGCGAUGGAAGAACUGAAUGACAAGAUGAAUGUGAUGGAUUGCUAUGACGAGAAUGAAGCGUCUUACACCUGGUUCCAAAUGGGCUUUCCAUAUGCCAACAUGUACGAAGAUUUUCUACGGUACAGUCCCCAGAUCAAGUCGAAGUUCUUAACAACCUUCCUGAGGACCACGUCGUUGUCCCCGAUGCGUGUACCCCGUGUUCUGGUUGAUAUAACGGAAAACAUGAUUUACGUAACAUCUCUUAUUCUGGAGCGGCCACUUCUAGAGACCGACUACGACAAAAAGAAGAACUUUGACCUGAAGGACCAUCAGCUGUCGUUCGGUGUGGUGACGCUCGACCAGUGCCUCAAGAUCUGCUCCAGCGCUGACUAUCCGGACUGCAAGGCGGUGGCAUACUGUGGUGCGUCGUGCUACACAUCAUCCCUGAGUUCCGGCGGUGUCGACGCAGGUAUCGUGAAGUCUACUGACUGCACCACCUACAUCAAAAACGACUUGAGUAAGAAGAGGAACCUACCCCUGACCCGAGACGCCCUGAAAAAGGUCGAGACCGCCGUGAAGGAGAGCAAGUUCACAAUCACUGUGACGGAUUCCACCACAUUCCUCGUCGCCACUUUGGUUGCGGAGAGCACCGACGAUUCCCUGGGAUCUCUCUCAAUGACUUUUCGCGGAGACGAUAGAUUCGGCACUCCACACAGUCACAGGAGAGAUGGAGAGGAACUGGACGGCUUUAAGACCUACUCUCUGAAAUCCCGACUGAUGGCCGAUGUCGACGGUGCCGUGGACCUGGGGUCGUACCCGUUGAACGACUGCGCCGACAUCUGUAGGGAUCGUCCAGACUGUCAGUUCUUCUCGUCCUGCCUCGUCGACUCCCAGUGCGUCAUCAGCACCAUUCCGGCACGAACGAGCAAGUGGAUGGAGACGAAGCUUCAGUGCAGCACGUUCGCCAAGUCGGUGAAGGAUAACUUUGAGCUCUUCUCGGGCAUCUCACUGGACAUGGGCGCCAGGAAGGCCGUGAUGACCAUCAACGACGAGGAAUGCGCCCGGCUCUGCAUGGUCGAGACGGGCUUCGACUGCAAGUCGUUCGACUACUGCGGACAGGCCAAGGACAUGCACACAGUCUGCCGACUGCACGACACCCAUCUCCGGGAGUUUGGAGAACCGUCCAAGAUGAACAAGAAAAGCCUCGAGAGCUGCAUCCACUACUCCAAGAAGUACCUGUACGAUUUUAAGAAGAGCGCGUCCAACAAGACCAAGGCGAGCGCUCGCACGGUGAUCGGCCAGGUGACCCCCGAGGAAUGCGCCAAGCAAUGUCAUGACGCCACCUUCCUCUGCGAGAACUUUGAUCACUGCACGGGUCCCCAGAACCUCGGUCGGGGCGACUGCAUGCUCUACGAGAAGGCCGACGGAGCCGGACCCUUCCAGACGAUCUUCUCGCCGAUCUGCUCCGCGUACAGCUACCGGGGAGACGCUGAUCUAAGAAGUUUCAGCAACCAAGCCGCACUUCACAGCAAUGCAACAGCCGGUGGUCUGGCCUUCUUCCUCCUCCUCUUCGGCGUAGGCAUCGGAGCGUCGGCGCUUUUGGCUUACGGAUACUACAAGAACCGCAGACUCAACAGAGUGUGAUAGCCUACGUAAUGGUCAAUAAUUUAUUCCGCUGUUGCCAGCGCUGGCAACUACUUUUGAAAUCGGUUCAAAUGAUAAAAUUACUGGGAAUGAAAAAAAUACGGGGGCUGUAUUUUUUUUUUUCAAGUUAUAAAGAAUUGAGUAAGAAAAAACAAGAAUGAUGAAAACUAUUUUAUGCAUACACAAAACAAAUUGUUAGAAAACAGCUGUCAACAAUUAUGUUUAGAGUAUUGUCUCGCAAUGAUUCUCACGUCUAGUUUAGUUUUACCAGUCUGAAAUGUCGUAUUCGAAUGCUUCACGAAGAGCAUUUCUUGAUACAGUAAAACUUCAGCCUCGGCAGAAACCCGAGACUAAUGUAAAGCUGUAAGGAAGAGGAGGAGUGGUAAUGCAAAAGUCACUUCAAGGUGUAAUUUGUGUGUCUGAUGUAAUCUCAGUUAUUAAUAAAAUUAUGUAAGAAAAAGCGUGCUUUGUGGUGCCUUUUUAGUCCUUGUGCGUGUUGCGUAGAUAACCGUCAUAUAGGCAUUUUUUUAUUUAAAAUGAAUUCAGUAAAUAAAAAUGGUAUGUAUGUAUU